CCCCUAGAUUACCUGUGCUCCCCCGAGGAGAAUAUCUACAAGAUCGACUUCGUCAGGUUCAAGAUUCGGGACAUGGAUUCAGGCACUGUCCUUUUUGAAAUCAAGAAGCCCCCAGCCUCAGAGCGGUUGCCCAUCAACCGGCGGGACCUGGACCCCAAUGCUGGGCGCUUUGUCCGCUACCAGUUCACGCCUGCCUUCCUCCGCCUGAGGCAGGUGGGAGCCACGGUGGAGUUUACAGUGGGAGACAAGCCUGUCAACAACUUCCGCAUGAUUGAGAGGCACUACUUCCGCAACCAGCUGCUCAAAAGCUUUGACUUCCACUUUGGCUUCUGCAUUCCCAGCAGCAAGAACACCUGCGAACAUAUUUACGACUUCCCCCCUCUCUCUGAGGAGCUGAUCAGCGAGAUGAUCCGUCACCCAUACGAAACGCAGUCUGACAGCUUCUACUUCGUGGAUGACCGGCUGGUGAUGCACAACAAAGCAGACUAUUCCUACAGUGGGACGCCCUGACUCCCCCCAACCACCUUUUGCCCCAGGAGAGUCCUGGGAGCCCCUGGCUCUCAGUUGGUGUUGGGAGGGAGGGUGGCCAGUGCCCCUGUCCAAGUCCGCAAAACCCAGGGAGCCUGGCACAUGGGGUGGAUGGUAGGAAAGCUGAUUCCUUUCCUGUCCAGGAAGGUCUCCAGUGAGAGGGGUAGCCACUCCUUCCAGGCAGCUGGCUAGGUCUUGGGCCCGUUUCAGAAUAGCGUUCCCCUAACUGGGCUUGGACUAGGUCAGGGUGGGGGUCCUUUCCCUGUGCCCUGCCCGUCCUUGACAGGCCGUUCAUAGUAACUUUCCAGAUGAAGACCCAUGGCUGCCAAGCUUCCAGGGGAGCUCUACACCAUGGCCCAGCCCAGCCUCCCCUAUCAGGGGCUGAGACACUGCCUGAGUGAGGGAGGGGCUGGUGCACCUGUAUAUAGUUUUCAAUAAACUUUCUUUUCUGUUCUCUGGCUGAGG